GCCUCUCUCCGCAUCCAUCGCCCUCCGCGCCAAUUCUCUCCAAUUCCAGCAAGAUCUUGCUUUUUGGAUCGUCCUGCACUCACCCAAACACCUUCAUUCAUUCUUACAAAAUGCGCUUUACUCUCGCUGUCACGGCCGCCCUGGCCUCUGUCGCCGCCGCCGAAGAGGGCAUCUUCGCCCAGUACAAGGCCCAGUUCCAAAACUUGGUUGGCAAGUUUGGCUCCAUCGCUGAGGAAGCUAUUCCUAAAGAUCCCGUUGCCUCUGUUGCCGCAAAGAUUGGCUCCGUCAAGGUUACCAGCUUGAAUCUGGACACCUGGAAGGACACUCUCUAUGAGCCUGUCAAGGCUGCUGCUACCUCCCCUGAGGAGUGGUAUGUCAUGAUCACUGGCGGCAACAAGACUUGCUUUGGCCUCUGCGAAAACGCCGAAAAGGCCUUCAACGCCAGCGCCGUCCGCUUCGCCGCCGCUUCCAAGCGCCCUCACCUGGCUGUGCUCAACUGUGAUAACGAGCCUGUUCUUUGCAACAGCUGGUCUGCCAACAGCGGCCACCUUUGGGCCUUCCAGAUGCUUCCCACUCCCGCCCCCAUCGACAUUUACCGUACCCGCUUGAACCUCACCACAACGACGGCUGAAACCAUCACCAAGCUCUACAGCAACGGCAAGAAGGACUUUGUCCUCCUUGAGUCCUUCUUCCACCCUUUCAACGGCAAGGCUGCCGAGCUUGGCGUCGCUGUUCCCAUUGGCUACGUUCUUUGGGCCUUUGGUCUCGUCCCUCAGUGGGCUUUCAUGAUCGUCGUCUCUCUUCUUAGCAGAACUAUGAUGUCCAACCGCAUGCAAGGCCAGCAGCAGCAGCAACGCCGUGCUGCCGCUCCUGGAGCCGCCGCCGCCCCUGCUCAAUAAGCUAUGAGGCUCUUGGCUUUCUCUAGACCCUCUUCGCUUGACCAACCAUGGGGUUGGGUCUUUGGUUUUUCUUCUUGGCACAUUUUUUACUUCCUCAAUAUCCUGGCUGUUUUCGUGGGGUAGCUCUAUUUUUUCUUCUGGAGUUGUCUGUUUGCCGCUUCUUAUUAUUCGAUGGGGGUUUGUCUCAAAAAAGGGUUUCUGUCUACAGGGUUUGGGUUGGGUUAUUCUUAGGAAAGACGACAUGCCUACUCUACGGACGUGCAUUGAAGUCGUGGCGAAGGAUUAUUGCAUUAUUAUUGUUAGGCGAAUUACAAACGCUUGUUCUUGUUCUCAUUUCAUCAUUACUUCGUGGGCGCUCAUGAUUUGUUCGAGCAUGCGUUUCGUAGGGAAUCCAUGCCUGCUCGUAGCUCCUCAGGUAGUCUUGCAUUGCUUAACUUGCUGUAUUGCAAAUCACUCAACGUACUGAUUAUUUGUGCAAUAGAUUGAGUAAGGGCCCUCUCCUCAUCCUCUAACCGCAGGAUAUCCUCUUUCAAAGCAUCUGCUGCGCCCUCAAGCUCGGGGAGAAUGGAGUCGAGCGUGUGCUUUGAACUCUCGACACCGGAGUCUGCUGCGAAUAG